AUGAAAGUUGUUGAAUAUUUGAAGUCGCACUUGUCAACAGUUUUAUUAAUAUUGCUUAUAAUCCUAUUCCUAUCGAUGGGGACAUGCACGACGAUCAUAUCUAAAACAGCAUAUGCUGCCAUCUCAGAGACUAAAGAUGGGAAAGAAAUGCCAUUUGAGCGCCCCCUUUUUUUCAACUUCUUAAUGUUUUUUGGUAUGUUUUUAGCAUUAAUUGUCUACUUUGUUAUUACAAUAGUAAAGAAAGUAAAAAAGUACUUUGCAAAUAGGAACAAAGAAGUCUUUGGGAUGAAUGAGACACAAACUUUAUCUCCAGAACCCAAAGAGUCUGACCCACAAACCUUUGGUGAAAUUGAAGAAGAACAUAAAUUAUCACUCAAACAAGUCUUAAUAAUAUUCAUCCCCGCUCUCUGUGACUUUUGUGGGACUUAUAUGAUGAACUUUGGAUUACUCUAUGUUCCAUCAAGUGUCUAUCAAAUGAUGAGGGGGUCGACCAUCAUUUUUGCCAUGUUUUUAGCCAUCUUUUGGAGGAAGCAGAAACAGCGAGCGUUUCAUUUUAUUGGUGUAGGGUUGAUCAUACUUGCAUUAAUAUUAGUUGGAUGUUCAAUGUUUAUUCCAACGGGGCAUUCCACCGAAGACUCGGAAAGUUCUGAAUCAGCGACAAAAGCUAAGGCGUGGUAUUUCUAUUUGAUUGGUAUAGCUCUUAUUAUAUGCGCACAGUUUUUGCAUGCACUUCAAACGAUCAUUGAAGAGAUAUUGUUGCAUGACAUUAAAGCAGACGUGUGGUUCAUAGUUGGAUUAAGAGGGUUCUACGGGUGUAUAUGUUGUAUCAUAUUCUUCGUCGCGUUUUACUUCAUGAAGUUCUUGCCAGAGGCGUUAAGAGAGAAUAUAGUGGACACUUUGUAUUUGUUUGCACACUCGCCUCUUAUCAUUGGACUCUGCGUGUGUUACAUUUUCAUCAUUUUGUUAUUCAAUUUUGCAGGGACAGCGGUGAUUCAAUAUAGUAACGCAAUGAUAAGAAAUAUAUUAGAACCAAUGAGAAUGAUUACUGUUUGGAUAGUUUCUGUGUUUAUUUACUAUGCAAUUAGUACUAACUUUGGAGAAAGUAUUGGUUUUAAUACUAUUUUACAAGUCGUGGGAUUUGUGUUACUUGUACUUGGAUUCUUAUUGUACACAAAAGUUAUUAAAAUUCCAUGUUGGUUUAAUUAUGAAGAAAAGAAUGAAAGUGUGUUUAUUGAAUUGGAAGAUAACAAAAAGGGCGACGGAGAAAGACUGGACGAAAACACUAAAUUGGAAGAAACUAAAGAAAGUGAUCUCGAAGUGCCACCACCUCUUCAAAUCACUAAAACACAGAACGAAAAAGUUUCCAAAAACGAAGAGAAUGUGGAAAGUGAAACUUUACCACUACAAAAUGUGAAAGAGGAAAAAGAAAGUGAAGAAAAAGAAGACGAAUUAGUGCAACAAGAAGCAAAAAUAACUGACGACUAA